AAAAAAGAAAAACCAAAACCAACAAAUUUGACAAAGUGUAAACAUUGUAUUCAUAACAGUAUUAUUAACACAUAACCCCCCAAACAUCACUUUGCCAACGCCAUCAUCUGAACUCUCAGCAUUAAUGCCGCCGAUGCCACCAACAAUACCACCACCAUCAACAUUGAGCCAUUUAUUCUGUGUGUUUGUUGCUUCAUACUCAUCACCGCAAAUCACUCUGACAACUGUAAACAUCAACAAAAACAACAACUGCUACUCACCUAACAGCUGUUGAGCUGUUGUUUAUCAACGACAAAAAGAGCGUCCCCCCAACCAAGAAGACUUGGACUUGGCAAAAAAAGCGAGAGUGUUUUUAACACCAUCACCAACAAUUGUUAUUGCUGUUGACAUCAUCAUCGCCAUCAUCCUCGUUCGUCAUUCUUGCAGUGGAGAUAAUACAACAACAAGGGCUACUGACGACGACUACACCCAGUGAAACGACAUUUCUUUACAACCUCGAAUAGCAACACAUUACAUUGUUACAACGCCAGCCGAGAGAAAAGUCAUAGACCCCCCACAUGAACACAGAGAGUAAAGUGAGAAGAGAAAACAAAAAGAAAAAAACCAUCCCCACACACACACACCAUAGAUUUGUGCGUGUGCAUGUUUGAACCGUCUGGCUUGAUUCGUUUAACACAUAACAGCGUCGGUACUGUGUGUCGUGACUCCUUCGGCGGCAGCAACAACUACAACAACCACGACUACCCUUUAACACAUGAAACAAACACACACAAUCGAGUUGUGUACGGUUUUCGUGGUCUUUCCAUUCGUUCGUUAGGUGUUCGUGUGCGUUAGGUCUUUUCCUGUUGUGUGACGUAGUCAGUCAAUCCCCAUUGUUUUGUCCCAAAGAGAGGAAGGGCCAAAUCGUACUGUGUUCUUUUUUUUUUUUUUUUGAUUUGGACUGUGGAGUGUGUUUUGUUAAGUUAGUUGUGAUUUGAAAUUCUUUAACAUGUGGAUUUGUGUGUGAUUGUCUGUCCUUCCGGAUCAGCAUUGAAGACGGAACCUGAAAAAAAAAAAACAUUUAUAUGCCUCCAUCCCAUACUGUGUAUAUGUCUAUGUGUGUAAUCUGUGUGAACAUUUACCAAACGAGACAUCAACACUCAGCUUGAAAGCAAAAUAAGAAGAAAAUCUGCCAACAAAAAAGCAGCAUUUAAGAACUCACUAACCCACAUACAAAAAAGAAACACAAAACAAGCUAAACAGAGAACAACAGAGAAACUGACUGCCACACUCAACCAAGCAGACUGGCAAACCAACAACAAACAGUAGCUACCACACUAGAGGAGGAUAUCAUCAGGCACUUGCUUGCUUGUCAGUUUGGCUGUGUGUGAAAUUGUGCAAAGAAGGAAGUUGAAAUAAACAGAGGAGAGAAACAACAACACGACAAUAUCAAAACAAAGCUACACGCGGUUACAACAUCAUUGGUGUUUCCCAAACGUUUGUGGGCCAAAAGAGUAAAAAAAACUCGAACACACAAGUCAGACGGGCAGACAGACAGACUAAGGCAAAGCGACCUUGGUAAACACAAACAAGAGCCGCCGCCGUCACUACCAUCGCAUCACCACCACCAACCACCACCUGUAAGCCAACAGCUUGUGUGGGUCAUCAAAUAGCAACAACAAGAAGAAAAAGCUUGCGGAUUUCGUUUUUUCUGUCUUUUUGUUUGUAUUCGUAUCUUUAUCCCUCAAAAUGUCCUGCAUCUCUAGUAAUUUCAGCUCAUUCUUCCUGAAUUCCCUCAAUGAUCCAUCGGAAUUUUCAAAAUACCUAAGCAAUGGCGAGUUGAGAUUUUCCUCAUUUGAGGAUUUUCAAGUUUACAACAAUAGUUCGCCACAACAAUACCAGCAACAACAACAGCCCCAGCCACAUUAUCACAUGAAUGGCACAGAUGUGGCUACCGAUGAUAAUAAUUCGAAUUUGGAAAAUACUCAGCCGCAACCUGGACAACAUUAUGCCGGAGGCAGCUAUCAGCAACAACAGCAGCAUCCGCAACAGGCCCAUGCCAGUAUGCAUGCUCCCCAUGGCGUGGGUAAUUCAUCUACACAUCCCUUAAUGCAUCUACAACAACAUCAACAAAGAUGGACUCCCCAUGCCCCAGCAAAUGGGCCACAUCAUGGCGGGGCAGCUACUACCGGCUCGACUGGACAUCAGCAACAGCAACAACACUUUGAUGGUUCCUUUGAAUUUAUGAAGUAUUUACGUCACUCCAACGAAUACAAUGAAACCAAUGCCCAUGACCCAAAUCAGCGCUUGUCCUCCCAUCAUCAUCAUCAGCCACAUAAUGGCAAUGCUUCCAGUGGUGCCGUUGGCGGUCCUGGACCAACAGCCAUUGGCACCAAACCUGAACCAUCCCUAAAUGCCAACAAUUCCAGUCUCAUCGAUUUGGAUACGACACCCCAUAAAGUUUCACGUUCCUCGCGCAAAACUCCCGCCAACAGCAGUAACUCGAACAGCAGCAAUAGCAAUUCGACAAGUAAUCAUCAUCCACCCACACCCAUGGCAGUCGAUGUCUACGAUCAUGAUUCCAAACAUAUGCUGUACGAUAUGCAUCACAUGAAUUCGGCCCACAGUUCCAAUUCCAAUGAAUCUUCCAUGGAGUUAUCCUCGCUGACGUAUCCCAAUUCCCAUUUGAAUGCUUCCAAUUCGAAUACUUCCUCCGAGGGUGGGGGCAACACUCAAGGUCACAGUGACUUUUCUAUGCUGGGUGUUGGUGGUGCCGGCGCAGGCUCCUCCACAACAUCAUCAUCAUCGGGCAAUCCCGAUGCCGCAGCCGCCUCACCUGCGGCGCCCAAACCCUUGGCCACAUUCACCAUUGUUGAGAAUUUCGAAGCGCAUCCCUCGCACAAAGUGGAGGAGGGCAUAUUCCAGCACAUGAACAAAUUGCCAACCAAGAAGAAAGAGAAUCUCAAACAGUUGGGUGUACGUUUUACCGGUCAAAUGACACUCAACGAUAAAUCGAUAAUUGUGGAGAACUUUAUUAAAUUCUGUCAGGAAUAUGAUAUACAAGAUCAUCGACCGUUUCUAUCACUCAAUCAAAGUGGCCUAAAUAAACCUGAUCAAAUAAAAUUUGCCCGCUAUCUUGGACAAGGUUUACCAACGUUUACAUUAUUUUGCAUUUAUAGUAAUUUUAAAAAUUUGUUUUGCACAAAACGUACCGAGAACUACACAAAGGAUGGCUAUAAUUUGCCUUAUAUUUUAGAGAAAACUAAGAGCUUUCUAGCAAACACUGCAGCGGGUACUGACAAUCGAACUGUCCCUAGCACUAGCAACAACAAUAGUAACAGUAACACAGCCACCACCACCAACACAUCCUCCUCGGUGAUGCCCAACUCGGUUGCAGCAGUAGUCGCGGUCAAUUCCAGUAAUGCAACAAAUUCCCCCAUCACCACUUUCAAUACAAAUAAUAGCACCACAAGCACCUCUGUUCCUUCAAACACGAACACCACCACCUCCGCCUCGAAUGACAUCAAUGCAGCAACAACCACGCCAGAGGAGAAGUCAACGUCUCAGCCAACGGAAGCGGCAGUAAAUGCAAACAACGGGGAUUCUACAGUCAACGGUGAAAAUGCCCACGGCAAUUCAAAUGGUCAUGUUCAAGGGAAUGGCAGCGACAUAACACAAACCCCAACCAAACAAACGCCCAUGAAUGUGCCAUCUACGCCAAGGAGUUCGCAUAUGCUGCAUCACAAUCAGCAGCCAGGCCAACAACAAGCGCCAACUGCCCCCACUACUCCCUUGACAGCACUUUCUCAACAACAUCAGCAACAACAACAUUUGGUCAAUCACCAACAACAUCAUAUUUCAAGUCUAUCCCGACCCCAAACACCAAAUACACCAAAUUCUCAACAGCACCACAACCUACCGCAGCAGCAACAAGCAUUGGCCCACAUACACCCACACCAUGUUCAACGCCCCGCAAUGCCUAUGAGCCCCAUGGUUGUGGUUAGCUCUGCCAAUGUAAUUCCCACAUCAGUUAUUGGUUCACCUUUACCUCCCACUAAUGCAGCUAAUCAUCAUCUACAACAUCCUCAUCCACAUCACCCACAGCAGCAGCAUCACCUUCCGCAAGCAGUGCUACAUCAUCAAUCUCCCCAGCUGCACCAUCAACAACAUCAUCCCCAUCAUAUGCAACAACAACAACAGCCGCCAAAUCAUAUGGUCCAUCAUUCGAUUCAAAUGUCCAACCAUCAGCAGCACGUUGUCGUUCAGACCAGUAAUGGGGGUGGUGCUGUUGCCGUAGGUGGCGGGUUUGUCUAUCAACAACAGCCGCAGCAGCAACAAAUGCAAAAACAGCAGCUUCAUCUACAACAACAACAACAGCCCCAGACACAACAUCCUCUGCAACACAUAGCUACUCAAAACCCACCCCAUUAGAACAACAUAAUUAUAAAUCCCCAAAAAUUAUACACCACCCGCAACCCGACUAUUCUCCAACACAAUAACAACAUGCUAGAUUUAUAUUUUAGGUUAAAAUUCAAAAUUUCAAAAUAUACAAACAUAACACACAUA